AAAAUUGAUCUGAAAGUAUUAAUUUGGCCAACUGGGUGUCCAUUGACUGUUGAAGGUUGGUCUUAUUUUCGGACAAAAGUAAAACGCCACUAAUGGACUCCUCCAACCCAGACUUUAUCAUUCAACCGAGCAAUAAAGGCGAUAACAUCGACGCUCGACAUCCUCUCACAAAUGCACAGCCACAGCACACCAUAACUUUAACGCUUACCUCCCCAGCACCCGGAGUGGGAGGAGGUGGGCUGCAUGGGAGUGCACAACCCGGCUCUACUCCAGGAUCACUUAUCGUAUCUGGAAUUCCAGGAUUAAGUUCGUCCGGAGGUCAGAUGCAUUAUGCGGGGGCAUCAAUUUCAGCAACUCCAAUCCCUCAAAAUAUUCAAUCAAAGGCGACGUCACAAAACUAUGUAAUGUCUGGACCUGGUGGUGGUCAGUCACUCAUAGUUUCUGGAGCUACUAUGAUGCCUGGCUUAAAUAUGGGAGCUGGUUCAGGUCAUCACGAUAAUCGGUCUGCUAUUUACGGAUCUCAGUCUGCACAGUCGAAUCUGUGUUCAAAGGGCACACCAUCCCAAAGUUAUGUAAUGUCGAGUGGCUCUAUCCAGUCCGGCUCUGCAGGUGGAGGAGGAGGAGGAGCAGGUCACGACAGUGGGGACGAGGGUCACUCUAUUCAUUCUUCUAACAACUCAAUGGGCCAUGACCAAGGACCUUCUUCUUCCGAUUCGCACCAGUCGGGACAAACAGAACGUCUCAAAGUAGAGGAUGCUCUAAAUUAUUUGGAUCAGGUGAAAUACAAGUUUGGAAACCAGCCACAAGUCUACAAUGACUUUUUGGACAUUAUGAAAGAAUUUAAAUCCCAAAGUAUUGACACUCCUGGCGUAAUUUCCAGAGUGUCCAACUUAUUUCGUGGGCAUCCCGAGUUGAUUGUAGGAUUUAAUACAUUUCUUCCGCCAGGAUAUAAGAUCGAGGUUCAAACUCACGAUCAAGGGUCUCAAAUCUCAUACCGAGUGGACGGCGUGACUAGUUACGUGGUAACCAACAUGCCUUCCAUUCCUCCUCCACCGGCACCAACCCCGACACAUCCCACUCUACCACCAGCACAACAAGUGGUUCCCCCCGGAGUUGGGGGUGGUGGUGGUGGGAACAACCCUCCGCAAAUUAUUCAGCACACAGCCUCGUCUACUGGAGGACCCAUGCCACCCUUGAGGUCAUCCAUCCCGGUUGCACACUCUGGAGUCCCCGCGGCAUAUGGAGUACCAAGCGUAGUUGCGGGUGUCGCCCCUCCUCAAGGUGGACAAGGCUUGUCGAGCGUAAGUAAUGGGAGCAUUUCGCCUCCACCUCCAGCCGUGACGUUGACUCCGAGUAAUGCCAGCAAUUUUGAGAAUGUGGUUGAGCCGACGUCCUCCUUUACGCAUUCAUUUUCAUCACCUUUCGCACAAAAUGCGUUCCCAAGUCUGCAGAGCCAACCUGUCCAGUUUAACCAUGCAAUAAACUACGUGAACAAGAUUAAGAACCGAUUCUGUGGACAGCCGGAUAAGUAUAAGCAAUUUCUGGACAUUCUUCACUCUUAUCAAAAGGAACAGAGAAAUGCAAAAGAAGGCAUUCCUGGCAAGACUCUCUCUGAACACGAGGUUUAUUCUCAGGUCGCGAAAAUCUUUGAAAAUCAAGAAGAUUUGCUUCAAGAGUUUGGCCAAUUUCUUCCCGAGUCUAAUCAGUCAGCCAUUGUAAGUUGCAGUUUAAUAGAUUAUGGCCUGCAACAGAGACAACAAGAUAUCAAACCUAAUCUGUUGGAGUUGAAUAAAAAGACGGCAAAAGUUGCUCCGCGAGAUUACAGCGCUCCAGUGACCCAACCAACCACGUCCAGAGCGGCACAUGCUCAGAGCGCUCCCAACAAGCGAGCCUCAACUGCAGCAGCUCAUCCAGUGAGCAAGAAGCCCAAGCUUGCCGCUCCCUAUAAGGAUAUUUCGGUGGCAGAAGCAUCACGAUAUGGGACGUUGCAUGACUAUGCAUUUUUCGACAAGUGUCGGACGAUGCUCAAGCACCAAUCCGUAUUUGAUAAUUUCAUUCGAUGUUUGUACCUCUUCAACGAGGAAGUAAUUUCUCGCCAGGAACUUUUGAACAUGGUGCAGCCAUUCUUCUGCAAGAAUCCUGAAAUGUAUGGAUGGCUUAAGGAAUUUGUGAAUCGUCGCGAGGAGCAAGCUGGCUAUGAACCUAUAUCUCAAGGACACUUGAAGCAAGAACGCCCAGAAGAACAAACUCUUGAAAUUGGGGAAGAAUACUUUUCCACCUGCAAACGAUUGGGUGCCAGUUACUGCGCCCUCCCGAAAAAUCAUGUUCCUGCUCACAGCUCUGCUCGAACUCCUCUCUGUCGAGAAGUACUUAACGACGUGUGGGUCUCAUUUCCCACCUGGUCGGAGGAUUCCACUUUUGUAACCUCAAGAAAAACUCAGUAUGAAGAAUAUAUUUGUCGCUGUGAGGAUGAACGAUUUGAGCUGGACGUCAUAAUUGAGGCAAAUGCUGACACGAUUCGUACAUUUGAAGCGGUCUCUCGCCGCAUGGCACGAAUGAGUCACGAAGAACUGAAAUUGUUCGAGUUGACGGAUGCUUUGGGCGGAACUUCGGAUAUUAUCCAUAUCCGAUCUGUUCGUCGCGUGUAUGGAGACAAGGCUGGGGAAAUUAUUGAAGGUCUUAAACGACAGCCCUUUGCCGUGAUUCCGAUCGUAUUGAAAAGAUUAAAGUCAAAGGAGGAAGAAUGGCGUGAAUCGCAGCGAAGUUUCAAUAAGAUUUGGAGAGAUCAGGUGGAACGAUUCUACUUGAAGUCGUUGGAUCAUCAAGGACUCACCUUUAAGCAGAGUGACGUCCGAAUGCUACGCUCAAAAGCGUUGGUGAACGAGAUUGAAACUGUUUAUGAUGAGCGUCACGACCAGGAAAACGGAGAUUUGGAACACUCAUUGUCAGGACCUCACUUGACUUUUCAAUAUGUUGAUCGGGCCAUGUUGGAUGAAGCUACAAAUCUGCUCCUGCACCAUGUUCGACGUCAAAGUGGAAUUCAAAAUGAUGACAAGCGGAAAAUCAAGCAGUUGUUGAAACAUUUUAUUCCAGAUUUGUUCAAUCAUACCAGAAUGGAUUUGUCUGAUGAUGAAGCUGAAGGAGGUGGCCGAGGAUCCAGUGAAGAUUGUGAUGAUCGGGGUAAAAGUCCUGUAGACUUCUUACAAAAUGGGGCACGCAACAACAAGAGAGGAUCCACUAAGCGUGGAAAUGCGAAAAUUAAAAAGGAGGAUGACGACGACAAGGUGGAUCCUGCUUCUGGUUCGAAAGACGAGUCGAGAAGAACAGCGUACAAGCGGGCACUGCAAAAGCAAGCAGAAAGCAUUCGAACUCGGCGACGAUCUGGAACUCCUGGAAAGGAGAGUCGUCCAACCGCUUCAACUUCUAAGGGUACGGCUGGAGGGAAGAUUAAGGUCAAGAAGGAGAAGGAUGAGUUCGAGGAGAAGAGGGCACCAAGAGUUAUUUUUGCUCCGCAUGGAGAUCAGGAUGAAACGUACACUCUAUUUUACGCCAAUAAUGCUUGGUACGUCUUCUUGCGUUUGCAUCAAAUAAUGGUGGAACGUUUAGGAAAGAUGCUGGACACGGCAGCCAAAGUUCUACAGGAAGAACUGAAGUCUGGAAGUGCAAGUAGUGGGAAGGUCCCGCCUGCUGUGGCGUUGGGAAUGCGAACACCAAAUGGUUUGGAACCAUCAGAGUAUUUCCCUGCAUUCAUUGACAUGGUGAAGAACGUAUUAGAUGGCAACAUGGAGCCAAGCACAUAUGAGGACACGAUGCGUGAAUUGUUUGGCAUCCAUGCCUACAUUUCUUACACGAUGGAUAAAGUUGUGACGAACGCUGUGCGACAGCUGCAAACUUUAGUCUCGGACGAGGUUUGUAUGAAAUUUACGGAUUUAUUCCUCCAAGCAGUCAAAAAAGGGGGUGCUGGUGGAUCCUGUGAUACUUGCGAUCAACGAGCCGGAGCAGAAAUAACUUACCAAAAACAAGCAGAGAAAAUAGAUCCAGAGGAGAAUUGCUACAAAGUUAUUUUCUAUCACAAGUCAUUCCGAAUGACUAUGGAGCUCUUGGAAGGUGCCAAUAUUGAAGAAAACGCAGUCGAGACUACCAAGUGGUCCGCGUACAUUGAUAGCUACUCUACCCACCCACUGACCGGGAUGGACUCGAAAAUGAAGAGUCUAAUGAAACCGGCGUAUCUCAACCGAAACGUCCGAGUUGGUCAGCAGUACCAUGCAAAUAAAUCCUACCCACCCGAAGUGGCUCGGAUUUUCGGCCUGGGACCUGAAGAAGAGGAUGUGAAGCCCAUCAUUCCACCUUUCCCAGAGAAACCAGUGUCUACGGUCGUUGCAAGUAAGCGACCUCUCGGCGGCAAAGGAGAAGCUGCAUCGUCAACUGGAGCAAACUCAUCAAAGUUCAUGCUCAGCCAAACGUUAGCUCCGGUAACACCGGAGGAGGCCGAAGAGUUAGAGAAGCAGUUGGAACGUAACUCCAAACGGAGGUCGGAACUUGUCCAGAAAGAACUAGAAGUCGCUGCCGCUGCGGGUACCAGUGGUCCUGUGCCGUUGAUCCCCUGUUUUCCUAAAAUCUCAUUGGCCAAAAAGAAUCUGACUACGAAUAAUCCCGUUGUGGGUUGCAGUUUGGAUAUUUUUUGUAGCACUCCCGAGGAAGCGGAACUCCUGGAAAAGCAAUUGGAAGCUAAUGCCAAACGGAGGGCUGAAACAGCUGCUGCCAUCAAAUCGCCUUACGUCAUUAAAGAAAAUUUGCAGUGCAAAUUUCAUCCGAAUUCUUACCGGAUCGUGUAUGUUGUGAAUAGUGAGAACUACUUUUACUCGAAGGGGGCACUUAAAAGGGCCAAACAGAAUCACAAGAAAGUGACGACCCGAAUGAACGAAGCAUUUGGCCGCUGGCAUCAAAUAUGGAUGGAGAAUAGCGUCACUGAAGAUCAAAUCAUGCGAUGCGAAGAUUGGUUGAUGUCGACCGGGAUAAAGAAUUCCGAUACAAAGAUCAUCUCCAGUAAUGACAUCAGUCUCGCUCCAUACCGCCCAUUCAAUCGCUAUGUAGUGAAGAAGUGAAAUAGGUAGAUAGUUAGUGUAAUUUAUUAUUAUAAUGCAAAAUUGUAGUAAUCGUCAGUAUGUUGGGGAUGCGGGAUAAGUUGGAUGUAAAGAGAGGUAUGUACAAGUUGAAGGAAAGCUUAUAAAUCUUUAUUAAUAAUUGUAGAAAUUAAGGAAAUAAUUUAUAUAUAUGAGACAUUUUAUUGGUAAUAUGUAACUACAUAUUUUUCAAUUUAUGCUAUAACUUUGUUGACUUAUGACUAAAGGUUACAUACCUAUUAUAUAUGACUAUAUAUAUACUGAUAUGUAUGCAGACAUGAGUUUAACAUGUUGAAAAUCCGUUUAAUAUUGAAAUAAAUAAUGUAGAAUUUCCACUCUUUUCGUGUAAACUUGAA